UUGAAUUUUGGGUGUGGUUUUCCCCUUUCAUUUGAGCGGUACUGUAGCGAUAAGGGAGAGAGGCGAUAGCGAGGCAAAGGGAGGAAUAGGCGCUCGGGCGAUGGAGGCAAUCCCUUUCUGUUCAUGUCGAUUCCCAGAUCCCCCACCUGUGGAGCUUGAUUUCUCUCUCAUUUCCCUUUGAUUCUCGCCUCCUGCGGUUGGUUGGUCUCUCAAUUUCUCUCUCGAGCGCGUGAUUUUGUUCAUUUCUCGGUGUGUAGCUUCGAGAUCUAGGGGUCGGUUGCUGAUGUGAUUUUGUUAGGGUUCGUGGUAGGCGUGUGUUGUGAUCCGGGGCCGUGUUGUUGUAGAUUCAUGGUAGGUGCUUGUAGUUUUAGUGGUUCGUUUUGGUACGCGUUCUCCCGCUGUCGUUCAUCAUCUACUUCGUGUUGUCCGCAUUUUUGUUCCUCUUCUGCUCGUGGUAGGUUCAACGUGUUCAGUUUCUAUGAUUCAGAUAAAUGUAUGGAUCAGUUAUAGGGUUUUGAGAUGGGAGUUUUUGUGGUUUUGGGUUUGUGAUUUGCGUUGGUAGGUGGUUUGUUUGUUCGCUGGUAGAUGGGUGUUGCCUCCCUUGUCCGUGUUGGUUUCUAGGUUUCCUCUUAUGCCCUCUGUUGCAGGUCCCUUCUGUCAUGUGAGUGGAUAAAUCGCUCUUAGUGUUGGUUUAGAUGUACUUAGGUUCCUUCUUCUUAAUGCCAUGGUAACUGUGUGUGUGAUGCAGGUUUUGCAUCUUUUUCCUUGUGCCUAGUGUUGAUGUGUAUCCCCAUAGUUUUAGUGUCAUACAUUAGAAUUACUGUGUAUUUUUGCAUGAGUCUUACUGUGUAAUCCACAUAGUUUCAGUGUGCAAAUUGCAAAUCUAGUUUCUAUUUAUUCCAGUAGAUCAUCCCAGUAGAGUCUGAUGCCAUUGAAAUGUUUCUGUUUAUGUUAAUUGUCAUGCAUCUUAUUUUCCACGAAUUACUAUGGAAUUUAACUAUGAUUUACACUAUAAUAUAGGACAGUUUUCCACUGUAUGCCCAAUAUUGCACUGUAAUUUACCAACUGUAGUAUACCCCAGAAUUACAGUGUAAUUUCUAUGCUUCAUCACUGUAUCUACCCCAGAUUUACACUGCAAUUUAUAUGCUUCAGAACUGUAAUCAGAUGUGGAUUUACCUCUAAAUUGUUGUAGGGCUUACACUGUAAUAUACCGCAGAUUUACACUGUAAUUUGUAUGCUUCAGCACUGUAAAUGUUGUAUGCUUUACACAGUAUUUUUUGGACUGAGUAUAGUGGAUUUUUACCUCUGAAUUGAUGUAGGGCUUACACUGUAAUAUACUGCACAUUUACACUGUAAUUUGUAUGCUUCAGUACUGUAAAUUUGUAGGUCUUACACAGUAUUCGUCAGAUGAUUUACCUCUCAUUUUUACAGUGUGAUUUCCAUGCUUUUUAGCUCUGUACUUCAUGUAGUUUCUUGCAUUUUUGUUUUCUUCUUUUCAUGUGCAAGUGUCUCUGUUGCAGUAGUAUUGAGCGAGGUCCUGUUUUUCACUCUGUAAUUACUAGUAUUUUUUGCCUCAGACUUACUAUGCAAAUUGCAUGGUAGUUUCUAUGUAAGUCAGCCCAUAGUUUCAGUGUUUUUUCACAUAAUUACUAGUAUUUACUGUGUAUUUUUGCCCCAUUUUUACUGUGUAAUUCAUCAUGUAGUUUCAGUGUAAUUUACUAUAAAAUUAUUUUGUAAUUCAUCAUGCAGUUCCAGUGUAAUUCCAUGUAGAAUUACUGUGUAAAUCAUGCCGUAUUUUUACUGUGUAAUUUACUAUAGAAUUACUGUGUAAUUCAUUAUGCAGUUUCAGUGUAAUUCAUUAAUGCAGUUUCAGUGCCGUAGUUUUACUGUGUAAUUCUGCUAUGUAAUUCCUGACUAUGCCCCCUGAUUCCAGUGUAAUUUCCCCUAGAAUUACGAUGGUUUACAUUGUAGCUACAGUGUAUAUUCCCAGAUUUUUUGCAAUGUAUUUACAUUGAUUCAGUUAUGUAAUCUCUCAUGCUAAUUUUCACUGUACCCCUAUUCUUUCUUCUGAAUUUUUACAGUGUACCCCUAGUUUUACUGUGUUGCUUAUUAUAUGUAUUUUACAGUGUAAUUUUUGCCCUAAUUUGCAGUGUAAUAUUCAUGCUUUUAGCACUGUGAUUUAUAGGUUUAGUUUAUGAGUGGUUGCAAAUGGGUUUACAUAUCUUCAAGGAUUGUCGCUCUGUUUGCAAGCUUGACCUGUCGCAAUUUGUUUAUGAGUGGUUGUUGUCUAGUAUUAAGAAAUUCAAGGAUUCUACUAAAGUUGCUUCGAAAAGCUCUGUGACGUUUGGUGGCUGCCAUUACGCCUUUGCUGUUUCUUUCCUUGAUCAUCUCAAUUUCGGUCUCUACUCUGUCCCUGAUGUCAAGCCUCGUGUACUAGCAUGAAGAGGUAACAAAGUCAAGCAGUUUGCAGAGCUUGAUAGAAUAAUAACCGCUCUUACGGGAAGAGGCCACUGAAGGCUUUUUGUCCUACAGUUCAUUUGCAGUUCAUGGUGCCAAACAGGUCUGCAUGCCACCACGGGUUCUGUUCUGCUGCACAUUCUUCAUUUCGUGUAGCUUCGUUUUCCAGUUCUCCAAAUGUCUGCACAAGAAUACUAAAGUCAUUUUCCUUGUAAGAGAGGUGAAGGGGGUGAAGAAUUGAAGUGCUAGGGGGUAGCAGUAGUUUUUUGUUCCUGGCCUGUUGAUUUUCCUGGGAUUUCCCCAAUUGCCUAAGCGGGUGAAGAAUUGAAGCUGCUGUUGUUCCUUCUUGCUUUUCUCUAGGCGAGAUCUCUGCUGCUGUUAUGUAGGAGGGGUUGGAGAGUUCCCAAGAGGCCUGCGUUUCUGUGGGUAGCAAGUUGAUGGCCAGCUGUUUGCUGUAGUCCAGCGAGGCUGCCGAGCAGCGAGGUUUGGUGGUGAUGCCGGUUUAGUUGAAACCGGGUCAGGGUUUUGCCCGACUCGUUUAACCCGAAAUGAGAAAAUAAACAGUGGCCGGUGGGGGAUGGGGGUUUGGGACAAGGGCAUGUGUCAUCUGUUCAUUGGUUGGGGAAUUUGAAUGUCGUUGAAUUGAAAAACAGUCAAAUGUCAAAUAGACAGUCUCAAUUAACAUGGUCUUUGUCCAAAUUAAUCGGACUCCGGGUUGCAGUUGUUUCACCGUCUACGAAACGAUCUCGUAGCUAGGAACCCACCACAUAUACGCGCGCGUGAAAUCAGGUUGUCUCCUACAAUCCUACGUACGCGAGCUCAUAAAGUCAUAAGUUCUUGAUAUAGGUUUUUGAAUCGACGAUCGAUCGCGCGAUGGCGGAGGCAAGGCCGUCGUCGAGUUUCCCAGUCGACUGGGAUGGUCUUCCUACAGAUCUACUGAGGAGCAUCGGCGAGCUCCUCGAUGUGCCUUGCUGCAUACGGUUCCGCGGCGUGUGCCGGUCCUGGCGCGCGGCUCUCCCCGCGAUGCCGCCGCCGUGGCUGGUGAUCCCCGACGGCGGCUACCCCACCUUGAUGGACCACUUCACGUUCGUCUCCCUCCCGACGCGCGGCUGCGCACUCUGGGCACUUCCGGGCUCGCGCUGCGUCGGCUCCAGCGCCGGCUGGCUCGCCCUCCUCGACCCUAGCAUGAGCGUCACGCUACUGAACCCCCUGACAAACGCGCAGGUCCGCCUUCCGCCGCUCCGGCGAGACGGACACCUCUAUCCGAGCCCCUUCGGCGUCAACUCCGACGGCUCGCCGGAGUACUUCCACGCAGGUCCGCGGCCAGACAAACGCAUCUGCACCGUGCAGUAUAAGUUGAUCCAGAAGGUGGCCUUCUCCGCCAACCCCACCGUCCAGGACCACGCGGUCGCCGUCCUCUGCCGCUACGGGCUCGGCCUGGCGUUCACGAGAGCAGGCCUAGACGGCUGGCAGUGGCUGCACUGGCCUGACGCUGCCGGCCGCGGCGGACCGGACGUCGGCGAGCUCUACGGCGGCAGCAACACAGACCUUGACAUCGUGUACCACGACGGCAAGUUUUACUACAUGACACGGUGCGGGCAGAUAUGGACCCUCGACGCGGAUGCGGACGCGCCUACCCCCGUCACGCCGGUGCCGUUCGUCAAGUGCCGCCCUAAGCUUGGUCCCGACCACCGCCGCUACGGGAAGCAUCUCGUCUUCGCCCAGGACGGCAUGCUGCACGUGGUGUGGAGCGACGGCCCCGGUCUGCCUUUGGAAACACGAGACAGGCUGAUGCGAAUGCAUGUUCAGACCUACCAUCCAGGCGGCUCCCGGCCCCGGCGCUGGAGGAAGGCGCGGCACUUGAGUGGCCGAGCCUUCCUCAUCGGCAGCCGCAGCCACUCCCUGGCGGUGCCGGCGUCUGUGGCGUCCGCACCGUCGACGUGGAUAAGGCCCAACUGCGUCUACUUCACCUGCAUUAUGCCAGGAUCCGACUAUAUUAAUGGAGAGUCCGUGGAGGUGCUGCCUCCGGAAAUUUGGGAGUUCAACGUCAAGACCGGUGUCUUCCGGGAGUGCGACAGACGAGACAUCCCGGAUUCGGAUUGGCUCGAGUGGCCAAAAGCUAUCUGGUUUACGCCUUCCUUGUUGUAAUCCUAGAGUUGUAUGUACUAUAUAAUCAGUCCGAUGUGUUAUACGUAACAGUCACGUGUGAUUUUCUCAAACCUUCAGGCCUUGUUCUGUUAUAUGGGAUUUGUUUCCCAAAGGAACCAAUCGAGGCAGGGAUUUAGUGGAUCCCUCUCUGUCACUCAGAUCCUAAUAGCUAGGAUUUCUGAAAUUGCAUCAAAUUAUUUCCCCUUCAUCUAAAAUAGCUAGGAUCCUAAUAGUUAGGGAUUGAUUAGU